AUGAGCAGAGCAGGCUCACCCGGUCUGCCCGUCAAGGUGGUCCCCGAGACCAGCUACCCAGAGUCUCGGGUCCUCAUUAUCGGCACUGGAGGAACAAUUUGCAUGCAGCAAGGCCCUGAUGGCCUUCAACCAACCGACAACUUUUUAGAGAAUGCCAUGGCCCCUCGCUCGUCAUUCAACGACUUCUCUAACCCAGGCACCCUACCUGCCGUUCGUGACGGAGCAAAGAUCCAGAUUGACAGUCUUCGCACCCCUGCUACAGCAUACAAUCGUCAUGUUCGCUAUGGUAUCAUUGAGUUCAGUCCUCUGCUUGACUCGAGCUCCAUCUCCGCUCACGACUGGGACGCUAUGGCUUCUUGUGUUGAAGAAAACUACCAUUUAUUCGACGGCUUUGUCAUCCUCCAUGGAACAGACUCUCUCGCUUACACGGCCUCUGCGCUCUCUUUCAUGAUGGAGAACCUUGGAAAGCCCGUCAUUCUCACUGGCUCCCAGGCGCCCAUCUUCGCCCUCCAAUCCGACGGUGUCGAUAACCUCUUGGGCUCACUCAUCAUCGCGGGAACUUUCACUAUCCCCGAAGUCUGUCUCUUCUUCCACCACCGUCUUUACCGCGGUAACCGCAGCGCAAAGGUCUCUGCUACAGAAUUCGAGGCUUUUGCCAGUCCCAACAGUGAACCCAUCGCCAAGGUCAACGGUCUUGGUAUCAGCGUCAAUUGGCCUCUCGUCCUUCGCCCUACCUCUAUCGCCAAAUUUCAUGUCACAAAGGGUCUUGACACUACCCACGUUGCCUGUUUGCGUGUCUUUCCCGGUAUCAAGCCUGAGAUGAUCGAUGCUGUUCUUCACCUACCUGAUAUUCGUGGUCUCAUUCUAGAGACAUUUGGAAUGGGUAACAUCCCUGGUGGCUCUGAUGGCCCUCUUACACGAAUUAUCAAGGAUGCUGUUGAGCGAGGCAUCGUCGUCGUGAAUGUCAGUCAGUGUGUCAACGGCUUUGUCUCUCCCGUGUACGCUCCAGGCACUGUCCUCGGCCGCGCAGGCGUCAUCUUUGGUCUUGAUCUUACUGCCGAGGCAGCCCUCGCCAAAGUAUCAUACCUCCUUGCCCAAACCGACCUAUCCACCAAGGAAAUUCAGGAGAAACUCUCCCGAUCACUGCGAGGUGAGAUGACAGAGAUUGCCCACCAGAGCUUCUCAAACCCUGCGGGCUCGCUCGACUUUGCCGCAGCCCACCUCACGGCAAGCGAAAGAGCUUUCUCAGCACUUGGUUACGCGAUCGAGAACGGCGAGCUCAAACUUGUUAAAGAGCUUCUGCAAGGCGAAGGCGCGCAGUUGCUCAAGCAAGCGGAUUAUGCAGGCAACACUGCGGUGCAUCUUGCGGCGGUGGCUGGCAAAACCGACAUUCUCCUGGAGCUUCUACGACUGGGCGCGAGUGUGCACGAACGUAACAAGGCAAACCUCUCGCCGCUUUAUGUCGCCGUCAAGUCAGGCCAGGAGCCCUGUGCACAACUUCUGCGCAUCGCAGGUGCGCACUUGGCGGUGGAGGAGAGGGAGACGAUGCCUGGUUAUGUGACACCCAAAUAUAGUCACUUUGGCAAGCAUGAACUAUAA